GGCCAAUAUCAGGCACAGUCUUCGCAGCCGUCUCCUGCAAGAUCCCGAUCCAAGCUUCGAAGGUCGCUUGAUCGCAAGUCUGCUGCGCCCACUGCAAGCGACUCAACCACGACCAGAAGAAGUCUUGACACAAAGCGCAAGAGUCUUGAUCAGCGUCAAAUUAAUGCUGGCGAGGCACCCAGUGUUCCCGCUGUGCCUGACACUUACAAGGGCGAGACCGUGGCAAGUCCCAUCUCUCAAGAUGCCGCAGCCAAGGAGAAAGCUCGCAGAAGUUCAAACGUGAUCGGUUUCAAUCACAACAACACUGCCUCUCAACCACUUUCAGAGAGAUCUGAUAAGUUUUCCGAAAACACUACUGAUCGCAACAUUAUGAAUGGAUCUUCUGAUGCGCCCGCUCCCCUCAACGUCACGAAGUCGACUCUCAGUAAAUCUCGCCAGUCUUCGGCGUCUUCUUACUCUACGGCGCACGGCAUUGGCCAGACAGCAGUCUCGCGCAAGGCUGUCGGUGGCGUCGAGUCCUCACGCGAUCUUGAUGGUCGCAGGGGAAGCAUUUCGAACACGGAGCAGAGAUCAAGACUUAGUAUGGAUAAGCCUCUGCCUUCACCUCCCAAGCAGACUGCAUUGAGCGAGGAUCCAGCCUUCGGCCAGUUCCUCCCCAAGGACCAGAACUACCUUGUGAAGGAUGCUCCGGCUACUCCUCAGCUCGAAGGCAUUGUGGACCUGAGAAACACUGUUGACACAGACGUUACCGAGCAUUGGGCUCCAGCUGUUGUCCACGAAACUGUGAUGCCGCAGAUUCAUCACAUUCGGGAGGAAGUCGUUACUCGCGAAAUCCACAACCACGACAUCUACCAUCGCAUUCUGCCCAUCAUCGACAUCGAAGUUCUCCCAGCAAGACACUUCGUCCCAACUGGAAACGGAGACGAGCUGAUGGAGAUUUCGGCGGACGAAAUUCCCGGCAGAACUGGCUACAACCAGCAGUGGUUCGUCGGCGAGAUGUUGUCCAAGCUACCCAAGGACUCGAACUUUGGAAGAGAGCCACUUCGCUUCACAGCCAGAGAGUUCCCAGGAACCGAAGGCGACUACAAGGAGUAUGUGCGCAACGGUAUCCCAACAACAGAGAGGACUUGGGUUCACGCACCGACGCUCGAUGACACAAUGUACCUUGCUGGGCAGACGGAGCCGUUCCACUUUGGAAGCGCCAACCCCGCAGACGAUGGACUCCGAAUUCGCGCACCUAACGGUAGAGUGGUUGGGUCGUCACGCUAUCACAAGGUGCAGCUGGAGCGUAGAGUGGAAGCGACCGAGCCACCAACAGAGUCAAUGAGAGACCUCUCGAUGGGCGAUUAUCUGCAAGCAGCCCCUUCCGGCGAAGCGACGAGCUCAGAGGCCUUGACACCUCACGCGAAGUAGUGAGAUUGUCGGAAGAAGACACGAGUAUGUAGCGGGCGUUGUGAGUUUACGAGGCAUUGGGUUUUUUUUGAGGCAGCGUGAUAGCGAAAAGCGAGGUGUUUCUAGGCGCAGAAAAAGGGCGAUAUAUAAUGUGUACACAGCAUACCUAGGAAUAAUUCGACCUGAGUUUGCUGACCCUUUUCCCCUUGUUUCG